CAUAGUAAGGUCAAGAAAUUUUUGACAACAUUUAAUUUUCAUAGUCCUUACACUUUUGUUUGCAGUUCAUAUAUCAGACAUUCAACAAAACUUCAUCUGCGCAUGAUAAAGGAAGUGUUUGUCACCUAAGAAAUUUUGUCGGUAGAAUUGAUGUCCACGGAUCUGAAGAAGUAAUUCAGAAGUACAGAUUUGCCGGACAUUGACGCAAUACCCAGCAUUUAUCAACCUCUCUUCGAUAUUCUUCCUGAAGAACAGCAAUUGAAUUACAUUGCCAAAUUUGCCAAAGAUAUUUUAGACAUAUACAUAAAGAUUACUGAUGAAGUCCUGUUCAUUUCAGAAAGAACUUCAGCAUUAGACACACAGACCAGACAAUUAUAGGACAUGUACGAUACCAGACAACAGAAAUAUUUAUGUGAAGCAUGCACCAAGAAAUUCAAAACAAUUGGAGGCUUGCAAAGACAUCUACGGAAAGAACAUGAUUGGGUUUUUAUGGAGGAAGUCACAAACAGUUCAUCCAAAAAGGAUCACAUUGCACUAUACCGGGCCUCGUUCAUGGAAUGUUCUCUGCUUUUGCGGGACAAAAAUGAUGACGCAUACAAGAUGGGUGACGAAGAGAGAAUUCUAAGAAAUUCAAAGUUCCAAAUGCUUUUAUCCCGCAUUGGUAACCAUGGGAAGUAUCAACUCUGGUUGUUUCGGUUUAUGGCAUACUGCUUUUCCUUACUGACACCGAGAAUGGUGUAUGAAUACAUUUGGAAUUACACUGCAAACCUGCACAGUAAUUUAGGACACAAUAUACCAAAUGAUAACAUUGUAGAAUUGCUAGUGCAGGCAGUUAAGAAGAAAGUUCGUGCUGAGGGAGCUAAUGCCACCUAUGAAAAUGUUCGAUCUAGAAACACAAAGAAUAUGCAAGAAGAAUGUAAGAAAGGGAGAGGAGGAACAAGAAGACCAGAGCCAUCAAAAGUUAAUGAUAUCACUCCUAUGGUAAAGGAGCUGCAGUCUGCUGAAAUAUUUGACUACAUAUUAGGGCGCGAGUUUAAUAAAUUUCCGGGAUUUUCUAAAGUCUCUCGGAUCAAAGUUACAGACCUACAUAAAUGGUUAACAGACAAUAAAGAGAGACAUUCUUAUGAGACAUUGUAA